GCCCCCUCGCAGGUCAAGACGAGCCUGCGCUGCCUGAAGCGCGGCAGGUACGAGUCGCUCGGGGAGGACGAGGACGGCGAGGGCGUCGCAGCCCAGGACCAGCGGCAGAACCUCAACCGGACCGUGGGGCAGGUCCUGGUGAAAGUCGCGCUGGUGCUGCUGGUUCUUGUCACCGUCCUGGUGAUGUAUAGGAGCAAGAAUGACACCCUCGAUCCUCCUUUAUCAGAUUCCAGAGACGCUGGAGGAGCGGACGGCGGCGUUCAGGAGGGAUUCGCCGCUGGUUCCUCUCCGCUGGGCUGGCGUGGAGCCUCCUCCUGUCCCAGAUCCC